UAGCUUGGGAGGAAGAUUUCGGUCCAUCUUGAGCAAAGAAACUAAAGAAAAACUUGCCGAUUUGAGAUAGAUCGAAGAAAAAUAGAAGAUGGGCCUGAUAUUCGAAUUUCUCUAUUUCGCCCAAAAUACCAUAAAAGGAGGUCCAAAAAAUUCUGAAAAAAUCAUGACAAAUCUUCUAAAAUCAAGAUUUAUCAAACCCCUAAACUUUUAUCUCAAAUGGAGUCUAUGCGUCCGUACAACGUUGACGUUAGCCGUACGGCUGCUGACGUCAACAAGGUGACGUGUCACCUCUCAAUUUGUUGGAUGCGGAAUGCCUGAAUCUAUGCUCUGAUACCAAGUAGAGAAUGGUUUGAUGAUUAUAAUGUGAAGAAAAGAGGAGAAGAUUGAGAGAGAAGAAGAAGGAGAGUUUGGGAAAGAUGUAGUGUUAGGCUUGCUUGCCCUAACACACAAUAUUUUAUUAUAAUCGAGCAUAUAGUACACCGCAAGAGAAGAGGAAAGUGUGCAAAUGCACUUACACUAAAAGGGUCAAGGGCCAUUACUAUACACCAACAUUCUCUAUAAUACCCUUGGUGCAUUGACUAUAAAUUAACAGCCCCAACCACAAUAAUGGUUUUAGAAUCUGAAAACAUAUGUUUAUUUACAUGUAAAGAAAUGCUAUAUACACAUGCACCAUAUGCAUGUGAUGGUUCCAUGCAGUCAUAUUCACCAUGUAAGCUAUGUUAGGAAGAUAACUUCCAUUUAAAGAAAAAUAUGCAUGAUGAAACAUCUGAAAUUUAAUUUCCAGUGAAGAAACUUAAAUAUGUCUAUCUAUGUAAAAAAUAACUUCUUGUAGCUUAGCGCAGCAUCACAUAUUUAUCCCUACAUGCAUAUAAUGUAUCUUAAGCUGCAUUUUCACACAAAAUAUUUAGGACAGCCUAGUACUUCUUGGUAAUAGAAGUUGCAGGUCGAAAGCAGGUGUUAAUUUGUCUCAGGGAAGGCAUGUUGUGGAUAUGCUGAUAGAGUCAUGAUUGGUGUUAAACCCAUUCAUACUCUAUGGAUUCUAAUAACAAAUUAGUUUGUGAUUGAGGUGAAUUACUUGGACCCUGGUAGAUAUCACAUGUUGGGCAGAUUUAUCAUUUAAUGAUUACACAACUGGAUAUAACCUUUGCAGUAAGUGUUCUUGGUCAGUUUAUGCAUGUUCCCACCCCGCAGGGUACCACAUUUGGACACCGUGUUCUGUAUUUUGAUGUAUCUCGAGGGGAACUAGGAUAAGGAAUUUGUAUAGGCCCUUAAUGUUCAUCUUCGAGUGGAGGGCUAUGCCACUGCAGACUGGGUUUGAUCUCUAUUUGGUGGGAGGUCAACUAUUAGAUAUUGCACAUUUGUAGGAGGAAAUUUGGUCACUUGGAAAAUUAAGAAAUGGUGCAGUUGCCAAGUCAAAUGUAUAGACUAAAUACAUAGCCAUGGUACGAACUUUGUGGGACGUAAUGUGAUUGAAAACUCUUAUGUAGGAGCUGACUUAAAAACUCACAUUGAAAAGAAAGAAACAGUGCAGUUUUUGAAAGGUGUAAAUAGUGUAGUUGCCACUUUGUUUGAGAAAAAGUUGCCAACAAUAAAGUAUCCAAUCCUUUUGUGAGAUGUCAGGAUCAAGUUGCAGAUAUGUUUACUAAAACACUUAGCUGAGGUCAGUCAUGAAGAGUUUGUUCCAAGCUGGGCAAUGAUGACAUUUAUGCAUAAAUUUCAGGGGGAGUGUUGACUGUGCAUGUUGUGUGGCCUCCUACCAUGGAGUAUGGUCCCCCUAUGAUUGCUAUUGUGUGACAGCAGUUACGGCACAUAUGUUGUGGGUGUACAAUGCACACUAAAAGUUAGGACACUUUUCUAUGAUUUCUCUUUUCUCACAUCCUCCUUCGUAUUCAUUCAAUCCCUAAAACUUGUAGUUUCUAUGAUCAAAUGACAUGAAGAUUUUAUUUAGAUAGAAAUAAAGUUAUAGGGAUGCAAAGAAAAAGAGACAACUACAACUGUGGUCAAUGGAGACGACUCUUAGAAAGAGUUGCAGUCAACACUAUAAUUUGCAAGACCUCUGCCAUAAAAUUUUCUUGUCAGUGAACAUAUCAUGCGCGACCACCCAUGGAGAGCAACGAAGAAAGGUUAUGGUUCCUAGAACUUUAUGAUAAACAAUAGGGGCUUGUGGUGGCACUCAACAACUACGUGAUAAUGCCUUCCACAUUUUUAUUCUGCCAUGGAAAAAGGUGCUGGAGUGUUUGGGCAUGAGCACUGGCAGAUUCUUUAAGGAUUGUGAUUUGAGAUUGAUCAUUUUGAUUAUUGAAAAAUCUACUGUAUCUUCCAUCUCAUAUCUAUUGUGUCGCCAACUGCAAACAGAACCACUUCAUGUGUAUGAGAGUGCAAGUGGAUAAGGACCAAAUGUGUAUUCUUUUACUGAGAUACAGAAAAAAAAGAUUCGAUCUUGAGAAGUAGAUAUGGAACCUUGGCAGUUUUGGAACAUAUAGGUCAUUACAGAUCCUGCAUAUUAUUUGCUAUCAUCUGAGUGUCUAGAGAGCAUCUUCGUGUUAGCUUCUACACCAACCAGAUGUUGCACCAUAGUCAUUGGGGUCAAAUAUAUUAUUGUGCCUUUUUAUAUAUUCCUUGAUUGGCAAGAUAUUUUUCCUGCACUUUGGCCCAUUCGAGCUUUAGAUCUGCCUCAUUUUUGGGACGAUGUUCUAACAUGAGCAGGUGCAACGGAUGUAUAUUAUGGAUUUCACAUUGGACCCCACAGAGCCUUUGUUGCACGGUCUCUCUAUUACCACGCUCCAUGCUGGCUACAUGCAAGGUGUAGUAGAGGCUUGAGCAGGCUACUCUUAUCAAAGAAGAUGUAGGCAAGUAAUGUUUGGACAGUUUGAAAGAUUCAGGGCCAAAUUCUUAACUGUGAACUGCUCGUCUGAGUAAACACAAUCAAGAUUAAUUCCAGAACAGCUAAAUUCCUCAUCCAAAGUCACUCUUAUCCGUUCCAAUGUCAGUCUGCGAAGCUAGAACAGUGUUGGCGGCAGAUUGGUGGAAGUUUCAGUGUAAACCAAAAGACCUCAAAGAUUGAUGAUUCAUUUUUUCUCUGGAAAUGGAUGGUAAAGAUGCUGAUAGGAUGGUUUUAGCGAAACCUGUUGCUUCGAGGCCUCGUGCUCAUUUCAAGUCCUUCACUGAACUCCUUGCUGGUGCCAUUAAUGCCUCUCCAGUGAGUACAUUUUCCGAAACAACAGUUGCCAUUAGACCCAAGACAGUAAGGUUCAAACCCUCAGUAAAUCGGGCUCCAGUUGGGGUUUCUCAGGGUGAAAUAUCUGGAGCAGCAGUUUGUUGUUCGUCUGGUAGGGUUCCAGAACCAGACCGUGAAUCUACUGUGGUAUACAAACCCUUGGCAAAGCUUGUUUCAAGGACCACUGCUUCUCUUUUGGCAAAUUUGGGCAACUUUGAUGUCAAUAAUCAGCAACUGCUUGCACAACCACAGGCCAUAGUUCAACUUCCAGACCAGGUUAAACACAGUUUCCCAACCCAGCUUGCUUCCAAUCUUCAUCAGAAGUUGCCAUCACAAACUGAAGAAAACCAGAUAAUUGAUCCAUCGAAGUCGGUGUCUCAAAACCCAGAACAAAAUCAGAGAGCUCUGCUACCAACUAGUACUGGAGAUCGACCCUCUUAUGAUGGAUAUAAUUGGAGAAAGUAUGGGCAAAAGCAUGUGAAAGGAAGUGAGUUCCCACGAAGUUAUUACAAAUGUACAAAUCCAAAUUGCCCUGUGAAGAAAAAGGUCGAGAGGUCGCUUGAUGGGCAGAUAGCAGAAAUUGUCUACAAGGGUGAGCACAAUCAUCCAAAGCCUCAGCCACAAAAACGGGUCUCAUCCGGGACGCAGGGCCAGGUUUUUAUAUCUGAUGGGAAUGAAAAAGAUAGUGCGAAUCCAGUAUGGAGUAAUCCCCUUAAUGAGAGGAAUGAAGGCUCUGAUGAUAAAAUAGAGGACCCAAAUGAGGUAGGCUUGUCAGUAAAUCCUACUUACCCAGCGAAACUGAUAUUUCCUCAGGAUCCUGCGAUGGCUGCUGCAUUUAACAGUUGUGUUGGAACUCCUGAUAAUUCUUGUGGUCUUAGUGGGGAUUGUGAGGAAGGAAGCGGAGGAGUGGAUGGAGACGAUGAACCUAAUUGUAAGCGAAGGAAGAACGAAGAUCAAGCUAAUGAAGGAGGUAAACCAGUGCAAGCUGCUCGUGAGCCUCAUGUUGUGGUUCAAACAUCUACAGAAUCUGAGAUCCUGGGGGAUGGCUUUCGUUGGCGGAAGUAUGGGCAGAAGGUUGUGAAGGGAAAUCCGUAUCCCAGAAGCUAUUAUAGAUGCACCAGCCUCAAGUGCAAUGUGCGCAAGCAUGUGGAAAGAGUAUCAGAUGACCCGAGAGCUUUUAUCACAACAUACGAAGGAAAACACAACCAUGACAUGCCGGUCUCUAGAAGCAUGAAUCCAGUUGCUUCUGAUUCUGACUCACUAGCUCCAACUAACAAGUCCAAGCCAUGACUUAUAUACAGUCGAAGGAAAAGGAAAUGAUAUUUGGAGAUUUAACCUGAUAAUCCAUGUCACAAAGAGAUCCAACACAUUAGCAAGAUUUGAGAUUUUCACAUGAUAUAAGCUUGGAGAAACUCAAAUGUCUGUAGUCUUUGUUUAUAUGUCAGAAUAUUCUUCCUUUUGAGUUCUAUAUUUGAAGGUUUGUAGAUCAAAGAUAGUUUUUAUGCGGGCAAGAGAUUAGAUGUCCGAGUGAUGAGGUUGAGUUUGUCUGUGUUUUUGUUUCAGCAGCUUAUCACUGUGGCUGAUGACUGCACUCCAUAACUCAACCUUGUCACAAAGCCUGUAAUAAUUUAUGUAGUCCCUCAAAAUUCUGGUGUAUGAAAAAUCCUAAAAUUAUGCUUU